GCGGCCGCUUCGAAAGUGGCCUCGGGCGCUGGUGCUCGGCUUCCCGGGUUUGUCGGCCCCCGCCAGGGUCGCUGAGUAGCCUUUCUCCGACCUCGCCUCAGAGACCGUGCGGCCCGGACUCCGACGCUCCCACCGCAACCAAGACCGAGGCCCCGGCGACCCCUCGAGUCGGGGGCUUCCCGGCCACCCCCCUCGCCGGAGCCCGCCGGCCGUCGCCAUGGCAUGCAGUUUGCAGAAGCUGUUUACUGUGGAAGAGGAGUUUGAAGAUGAGGAUUUUUUAUCUGCUGUGGAGGAUGCAGAGAACGAGUUUGCUGGCUCACGGCCUGUGAAUGCUGGAUGCCUGAGACCUGUCUCUUCUAGGCCACAGGAGACCGUGCCGGCACAGUCUUCUGGGCAGCUGCCGCCAUGCCCCACUGCUCCUUCAGAGGCUUUGGGCCCGUCAGCCCUGGGACUCCGCCUUCCUACCUCUAGCAUGCCCAGGGCCAUCGGGGACCCGCCUUCCAUAGGAACAGCCCCCCUAAGGCCUGUCUCGACUUCUAGCAGCUGGACUGGCCAUCAGAGACGAGUGACCCUGCCAGAAGUGCUCAAAGAGCCAGCGAGACCCCAGACAUCAGCCUCCCGCCCCCUGCUCACCUUUGAGAGCCAACAGCAGAUGAUUAGUGGCUUUGAGGGGCCUGAACAAGAUGAAUUUGAUAAGGUCCUGGCAAGCAUGGAGCUGGAGGGGCCUGGCGUGGAGCUGGAACUUGGAAUCAGCGGUGAGGCCACGGGAAUCCCGCCUACCUGGCAGCAGGAGGACUUAGCUUUGGCUAAAAAGGCUCGCGUAGCUGAGCUGAGCAGGUCUUGCCAAAAGGGGCCCACGCCUGCUUCCCACAUAACGAGUGUCAUGUUAGCCGACGAUGAGCCCCCAGCACCUGGGGUCCACUGUAGGACUGCACAGCCCCGCCUGAGACCCGGUGCCGUGAGCAACCUUCCUACCCCAACUGCCUCAACAGUUCCUGCUCAGCAACCCCACUCGGAAGCCUGCCCUCAGGGGCCCGCUCUUCGAGCGGCACAGCCUCUCCAAGCUGCUGGCCGGCCUGUUCAGAGCAGCCCGCAAAGUCCUUUCCCUGGUCAGUCAUUCCAACGUCCAAAUGCCUGCUUACGUGGCAGAUCUCACCUUCCUGGACCACAAACUCCCAACUCGAUCUGUUCUACUCCCUCGAGGACUAUCUCUGCGUUAUUUCCUCGGAGCCCCUUACAACCCCGAGCUCCAGUGGCUUCCGUCAAGUGUCCUGCCGGCACCCCAAAGAGCCCCCAUUCCUCCCUGGUUCCCCAAGCAGUUCUCCAGCCACCCAUAGUCACCAACCACCUGGUGCAGCUGGUCACUGCUGCCAACCGGACACCCCAGCGACCCGCCCGCACCAAAACCCGCCGCUUCCCCGGCCCCGCAGGGAUCCUGCCCCACCAGCACAGUGGGAAAAAUCUGGAGGAGAUCAUGGUUUCCACACCCCAGACUCCGACUCAUGGUGCCCUGGCUAAAUUCCGGGCCGAGAUUGUUACUAGUUCCCAGGCGUCGGUGGAGGAGGAUUUUGGGCGAGGGCCCUGGCUGGCCAUGAAAUCUGCUCUGGGCCUGGAGGAGAGAGACCCCGCCUGCUUUCUCUGUACCUAUAGCAUCGUCAUGGUGCUGCGGAAGGCAGCCCUGAGGCAGCUUCCCAGGAACAAGGUCCCCAACAUGGCAGUGAUGAUCAAGUCCCUGAGUCGGAGCACGAUGGACGCCAGUGUGGUUUUCAAGGACCCCACGGGAGAGAUGCAGGGCACGGUGCACAGGUUGCUGCUCGAGGCCCGGCAGAGUGAGCUGAAGCCUGGCUCAGUGCUGCUGCUGAAGCAGGUUGGAGUGUUUUCUCCUUCGCUCCGAAAUCACUACCUCAAUGUGACGCCCAACAACCUGGUCCAUAUUUACGGCCCAGAUUCUGGGGAUGGGAACUUCCUCAAGCCAUCUCCGCCCUUCCCCGAGGACCCAGGGAGCUUCCCUGGCAGCCUCCACCAUGAGACUGCGAAGUCUGGAAGAGGCCUCAGAACAGCGCACGAUGCAGAAGCAGGGGCAUCCCCUGAGGAAGAACUCCCAGAAGCAGAUAAAGUGGGGAUUCUAACAGGAAGCACUAUGAACUGCCCCGUGAAGUAUACUGUGAGGACUGGAAGGAAGGGGUGAGUACGGCGGGUGCGGCCCCGCACCCGGUACAGCACACGCUCAGUAUGUGUUAGCUGCUGUGUCAGCAGUAACAGUACCAAGCUCCAUUUCCAAGUUCUCAGACACAAGCACCUGUCUGAGAACUACAGUCAGGGCCAGUUACUUUCAUUCCAAACGCCCCUGAAUGCCCUUUGGGGAAGGGGAUGAUGUUGUCUCACGCUCUUGAGGUGAGAAACCAGAUUAGGGAAUGCCGUGAUUCUGAACACCUCAAAUGGCUUUCCCCGCCUUUUUUCUCCCUCUGGCCAAUGAGAGGGUAGCACCAGAGAAUGUCUGUCUGCUCAAGCACUCUGGAUGGAAAGAGAGGAACCACUGAGGCCCAGGCAAAGCGUCUUUCUUGACAGAACGGCCCAGGCAUUUUGUCCGUACCCCUUGUGUGUGUGUUUGUGUGUGUGUAUGUGUGUGUGUGUGUGUGUGUGGGAAGCAGAGGGAAGGUGGGAGUCAGGCCGGCCUCGGGCCCAUUAGUGCAGUCACCACUGCCCAACUGUGUGGCCUGGUCCAGGCCUCCCUGAAGGGCAGGAGCUUUGGACCUGAGUCACGUGGAACCCUAACGCUGACACUAAGUCUGCCUACCCUCUCCAUCUCCCCCUGCAGAUGACCUAGAUGGACUCCUGAGUGAGCUCCCUGAGGACUUUUUCUGUGGGACCAGCAGUUGGGACUGCCCCGAGGCAAGACACCCACCGUGAGCAGGCAGCCUCUCAGCACCCGAGCAAGGCCCCGGUUGUGUCUGAUCGGGUCCCCGGGAGAGAGGAGGCCUGGCACGACUGGGGAAUAAACACAGCUGAGGACUUUUAUGGCCGCCCCCACCCUGGAUGCUUUCCCUGGGAACGCCCUUGUCCCUCGGACUCUCCGCUGCUGUCACUCAUACCGGAACUCAGCCCAGGGGUGGCCCUUCUGCUCCUCUGUCCUCCAAGCCCUUGGGUGCAUCCGUUCCUUCUGCCAUCAGGGAAGGUGUGGCACUCUCCUGCCUCACCUUGACUUUGGGGGCCCCUGAGCUCCUUACUCCCUAUCCCCUGAACACCUGAGGAGCCACACCACAGCAGUGGCGGCCAUCCCUCCGGUCGGGGAAGGAACACACUCAGACUUCCCUCUGCUUUGUCUCUUGAGGCCUGUGGCUGCCCAGCUCACCCGUGCCCAAGGUUCCCAGGUGUUGGGAGGCAGGGGUGUGGCUGUGGUGUCUUGUUCUGAAAUAAAGCAGCUGCCUGUUC